AUGCGCUAUCUGGUUGCGGAUGUGGAGCAUUUGCAGCGGCUGAAGUCUCUAACCAUCCAGCGCUGCAGUGAUAUCACGACUCUGCCCGUGUCUCUUCCCAGCCUGCCUGCGCUCACCAAACUCAACCUGGACAUAAGACAACUUUCAGCGCUGCCCGAAGAUUUCGGGCAGUUGUCAGUGCUUCGGUCACUCGAGCUGAACAUGAUGAGCCUCACAGCCUUACCCGAUUCCAUCGCCCUGAUUACCACUCUUCAAGAGCUCUCUCUUGAUAAUUUUUGGCAUCUGACAAUUCUGCCCCAGGAGUUCGGGCAGCUGGUUUCUUUGGAGAAACUGACCCUGAGAGGCCUUCAAGAGCUCACACAGCUGCCUGAAACAUUCGGGCAGUUGACAGCUCUCCGGAAGCUAGCAUUAAUGGACUGUAAGCAGCUGAAGCAGCUCCCGGACUCCUUAACCCAGCUGUCGUCACUCGAAGACCUCCAUGUUUACUCUUGCCCGCUCCUCACGGGGCUGCCAGUGGAGAUGGGAAAGGGCAUGCGCUCCUUGCGCCAUGUGCAUCUAAGCUGCACGGCACUCACCCGCCUCCCUCCAUCCUUCUCCGAGCUGACAUCUCUCGAAACGCUCUCGAUUCGGAACGCGAAACACUUUAGAGGAGCGCUGCUGGACGGCUUUGGGUGCUUGAAGAGCCUCAAGGAGCUGUCUCUCGACUCCCUGCCACGCCUAUCCGCCCUUCCGGCUUCCUUCUCAGGCAUUGAUUCCCUCACCAGCCUGGAAGUCGGCAAUUGCCCUAAUGUAACGGUCCUGCCAGAGGAAAUCGGACGGCUGAGGGCGCUCGAGGUGGUCAGAAUCAUUGGAAUGGGCGCCCUGAUGUUUCUCCCUUCGGCACUUCUUGAGCUGCCCUCUCUGCGGUCGCUGAAAGUGCGGGCGUGCGGUGCGCUAAGGGCGGUACUAGGGGAUGAGGAGGUGUACAUACGGACUGCCAAAGGCUUUAUGAUCACCACCGGCAGCAGCAGCAGCAGCCGCGCGUUUCUUCCUUCCCUUGAGAGCCUCAGGCUGAAGGAGCUCAGUGUUGAGUCCUUUGGUCCAUCCCUCGGUCGUCUGUCUGCUUUGACGCAACUGAAAAUCUUGAAGAUGAACCAGCUUGGCACUCUUCCUGACUCCAUCUCUCAACUCUCGUGGCUGCAAACGCUCAAAGUUGGCUUCAUCAGGUGUUUGAAAGCACUGCCGGAGGCCCUUGGGGGGCUCACAGGGCUGCGUGUCUUGCAGCUGGUUCAACUCAAUGCAAUGCAGCAGCUGCCCAAGUCUCUCGGGCAGCUGAAAAGGCUCGAGACGCUGGAGAUUACCGACUGCUUCAAGCUGACGCAGCUUCCAGAGUCAUUCGUGAAUUUAUCCAAGCUGCAAUCUUGCUCUCUUGUCAAGGUUGGAAUCUCCGUCAUUCCAGCUGACAUCUGGAAGCUUUCUUCCCUCCAGAAGUUGCAAAUCGUGGGACUGACGCAGUUGCGAAGCUUGCCAAAUUCCAUCACUCGGCUGCCCAAGCUUGCGGAGCUGGAGUUGCGCGCGUGCAAGAAUCUGGCCCGGGUGCCGCCGUCACUCCAUAGGAAGCCGACGCUGCGUGAGUGCAGCAUCUGUGAAUGCCCAUUGCUGCGACAGCCAGCCACGAGAAGGGUACCUGCGAGGAGAGAGGAGGGGGAGGGAGAAGAGGGGGAGGGUGAGGAGGAGGAGGGAGAAGAGCGGGAGGGAGAGGAGGGGAAGCGAGAGGAGGGGGAGGGAGAGGAGAGGGAGCAAAAGGAGGGGGAGGGAAAAGAGAGGGAAGGAGAGGAGGGGAAGGGAGAUAAGGGGGAGGGAGAGAAGGGGGAGGGAGAGGAGGGGGAGCGAAAGGAGGGGGAGGGAGAGGAGGGGGAGCGAGAGGAGGGUGAGGGAGAGGAGGUGGAGGGAGAGGAGGAGGAGGGAGAGGAGGGGGAGGGAGAGGAUUCUGAAGAGGAAGAUUGGGAGGAGGAAGGCGAUAUGGAGGAGGAAUGGGAAGAGUGGGGCGGAGGGGCAUGGGGAUGGGGGGAAGAGGAGAGUGGUGGUGAUGAUGAUGAGAUGGGCAGUGACUAUGAUGACGGUGGCUGGGGGGAGACUAAAGUAGUGAUGAAUGUUGAAAUAUAUAUGUAA